UACGCUGCUGGGGCGCAGGCGUGCGGCACCUUGGGAACUGGGCGGGUGGUUACGCUGCCCGAGCCGGCCAAAUCGAAUCCAGCCAAGCUGGUAGAGCCCCGGCUUUGUCGAACUCUGCUAGGCGGGGAGAGGUGGUGUUCUGCGACGGAAACAAUCCCCAGAGAUGUCUGGGCCGGCUCCCUGCACCAGUAGCUGCUGCUGCUGGUGGUGACAAUGUCAAACAACGGCCUGGACAUUCAAGACAAGCCCCCAGCCCCUCCCAUGAGAAACACCAGCACUAUGAUUGGAGCUGGUAGCAAAGACACUGGAACCCUAAAUCAUGGUUCGAAACCUUUGCCUCCAAACCCAGAGGAGAAGAAAAAGAAGGACCGAUUUUACCGAUCCAUCUUACCUGGAGAUAAAACAAAUAAAAAGAAGGAGAAGGAGAGGCCAGAAAUUUCUCUUCCUUCAGAUUUUGAGCACACAAUUCAUGUUGGUUUUGAUGCGGUCACAGGGGAGUUUACGGGGAUGCCAGAGCAGUGGGCCCGCUUGCUUCAGACAUCAAAUAUCACUAAGUCAGAGCAGAAGAAAAACCCACAGGCUGUUCUGGAUGUUUUAGAAUUUUACAACUCAAAGAAGACCUCAAACAGCCAGAAGUACAUGAGCUUUACAGAUAAAUCAGCAGAAGAUUAUAAUUCUUCUAACACUUUGAAUGUGAAGACUGUGUCUGAGACCCCUGCAGUGCCACCAGUUUCAGAAGAUGAAGAUGAUGAUGAUGACGCUACUCCACCUCCAGUGAUUGCUCCACGCCCAGAGCACACAAAAUCUGUAUACACACGGUCUGUGAUCGAACCACUUCCUGUUACUCCAACUCGGGAUGUGGCCACAUCUCCUAUAUCACCUACUGAGAAUAACACCAUUCUGCCAGAUGCUUUAACUCGGAAUACUGAGAAACAGAAGAAGAAGCCCAAAAUGUCUGAUGAGGAAAUCUUGGAAAAAUUACGGAGCAUAGUGAGUGUGGGCGAUCCUAAGAAGAAGUAUACACGAUUUGAGAAAAUUGGACAAGGUGCUUCUGGCACCGUGUACACUGCAAUGGAUGUAGCCACAGGACAGGAGGUGGCCAUUAAGCAGAUGAAUCUUCAGCAGCAGCCGAAGAAAGAACUCAUUAUUAAUGAGAUCCUGGUCAUGAGGGAAAACAAGAACCCAAAUAUUGUGAACUACUUGGAUAGUUACCUUGUGGGUGAUGAACUGUGGGUUGUCAUGGAAUACUUGGCUGGAGGCUCCUUGACAGAUGUGGUGACAGAAACCUGUAUGGAUGAAGGCCAGAUUGCUGCUGUGUGUCGUGAGUGUCUGCAAGCUCUGGAGUUUCUGCAUUCAAACCAGGUCAUUCACAGAGACAUCAAGAGUGACAACAUUCUGUUGGGAAUGGAUGGCUCUGUCAAGCUAACUGAUUUUGGAUUCUGUGCACAAAUUACUCCAGAGCAGAGUAAACGAAGCACUAUGGUGGGAACUCCAUAUUGGAUGGCACCAGAGGUUGUGACAAGGAAGGCGUAUGGGCCCAAAGUUGACAUAUGGUCCCUGGGCAUCAUGGCCAUUGAAAUGAUUGAAGGCGAGCCCCCAUACCUCAAUGAAAACCCUCUGAGAGCCUUGUACCUCAUUGCCACCAAUGGGACCCCAGAGCUUCAGAACCCAGAGAAGCUGUCAGCUAUCUUCCGAGACUUUUUGAACCGCUGUCUUGAGAUGGAUGUGGAGAAGAGAGGUUCAGCUAAAGAGCUGUUGCAGCAUCAGUUUCUGAAGGUUGCCAAGCCCCUCUCCAGCCUCACUCCACUGAUUGCUGCAGCAAAGGAGGCAACCAAGAACAAUCACUAAAACCAUGAUCAGCCAGUCUCAUUGUGCCAAGCCUUCUGUGAAAUACAUGCUCAUUUCAGAAAUUCCAGUCCCUGGCACCCUCUUCUUGCCCGGCUUCUCCCAUCUCCUGAUCUAGAGUUCUCAGGACUUUGAUCUUUGGAAACCAUGUAUGGAGCACUGAAGAGAACUGAAACUGGAUGACUAAUCUGAUGAUUACUGUUUCUAAAUAAGGAAGUUCUUUUCAAUUUGUGAAUGUGAGGUUGGUUUUUAUGAUCAAGGGUUUACGAUACAUAAAUCUUGGACCUCUAUUUCUACAAAGCAAAAUCUCAACCAUCCCUGCUCCCCAGUCCCCACAAUCAGUUCUUGAAAAUAUAAAUUUAUAGUUUGGUAAUACUAACAAUUUGCAGUUGGUUGAGAUUUCUUUAGUGCUUGCUUUUCUGUGACUGAAUCUCCAGCGCUUCUCAUUGUACCUGAAAACCAGAAAAGCUUGGGAAUGCCAUGGAGUUUAAUAAUGUGCCAGGGACGUGAAGUGGCUCAACUUCCUAGACCAAAACUUUUGUGCAGCUGAUCCUGACAUGGGAGAACUACCACAUUUUUCUUUGUGUAUGCUUCAGGCAGCUGUUUGGGAGGACCUUGACGCAAUAGUGUUCCUCAUGCUGUUUCUUGUGAAGUGAUCUUGGCUAUCUGGCAGCUUCUGAUUCCCUGCAUCCCUUAGGCUGCUGCCCCCAUUCUAUCCUUGUUUUAUAACACUGAGAGGUUUCCGAAGGCACAUGCUGAAUGACAGCACAGUGAAAAGUCAGGGGGAAAAAAUGCAGCUACUUUUAGAGCCAGGCUGGGUGUCAGCACCUGUCCAAUUAUGCUUAUGUGAUGUUUCAAGAACUCAGCUUCUCUUUUCUGUCUUGGACUGCUGACAGAUAAAUUUAGAUCUUCUGGUGGCCUAAAUAUUUGGGUCAAAGGAAGAGGUCUCCAAAUCUGAUACUAUAUAUAUUAGUUUUGGAUGGAUUAGGUGACCUGAAAUCAUAUCCUAUCAUCUAUAAGGGGACCCUGUUUUCAAGAUGCAUGGCCAAACUCUGCAAAUGGAAAUGCUUACACUGGGUGUUCGGAUGUUUGCUACCUCCUGCAAUGUUUGUGGUUUUGGUUCUCCCACUAUGGUAGGAUGCUUGGCCAGCAUUGUGGCUUGUCAUGUCAGCCCUUUUGACCACCUUGUCAUGCUCUGAGGUACCACUACCUCAGCAGCACAAAUUUCUAUUUCCUUCAAUAAAAGGAGAUGAAAAUAUUC